AUGCUCCUCACAACCCUCCUCCCCCUCUCCCUCCUCCUCACCUCCACCCUCGCCAAACCGAUCACCCUAACCCACCGCGCCAACGAAGACGCCUCCCUCAACGCAACAUCCAUCAUCGCCACAACAGCCCCCAAAUCAACCUCCUGCGACGGCGUAACCUCCUUUGCAGACGAAUGCGCAACAGCAGCCCACGUAGCAUCCUACCUGCCGCAAGCCUUUCAAAAAUACAACGUCACGACAAAGGGCGAAAUGGCCGCCCUCCUCUCCCUAAUGGCCUUUGAAACCGGCGACUUCCGCUACAACAGAAACCACUUCCCCGAACCAGGCCGCCCCGGGCAAGGGACCCGCAACCUCCAAAUGGCGGGGUAUAACCUCUUAUACGCCCUCUCGAUCCCGGAGCUCAAGGAUAAAGCCACAGAAAUCGCGGGCGGCGUCACGGAUGGAAACACCCUCACCGACGACAAGAAGAACCAGAUCCUCGAGCUCGUCUUGCCCGACGACUACACCUGGGGCUCCGCCGCCUGGUUUCUCACUACGCAGUGCGACGCCGACGUCAGGGAGAACCUCGCUGCCGGCACGGUAAAGGGGUUUACCCUCUACAUGGACUGUAUCGGCACCUCAGGCACCGAGGAUCGUGUCGCGUACUGGGCUAGGGCCAAGGGGGCUUUCGGGCUGGCAUAA